CUGAAUUUUCGUGAAAUAGAAGGCAGCCAGAGGAGGGCUAUGGAGAUUUAAGGGUAGCAACAGGUGCUACUGGCUACGAGCUCUUCUGUUUGAUUGGCAGAUGAAGAUGAGGUUCUGUGUUCUGCUUGUGCUGGUUCUCCAGUUUCUGGGAGGCUUAGGCCUCCCUCUUUUUGAACUGAGUUCUAAAGCAGAUGAGGCGCUGAGGAUGGCCCUGGACAAGAUCAACGCUCGUUACGCUCGGCCUCACCUCUACAGGGUGUCCAAGGCUUCUGUUACAAGGGUUGUUCCGUUAGGGACAAACAUGUAUGAUAUGAUGCUGAAAUUCGGGAUAAGGGAGACGGAAUGUCGUAAAGGUUCUGGGAUCGACCCUCAGGGCUGUGCGUACCGUAGAGGCUUCUUCGUGUCGGAGGCAGGCUGCCACAUCCGAACACAUUUGUAUGAAAGACUCACUAAUAUUAUCUCACUUAAAUGCAACACGGCACAAAGUUCUAGCUCCGAGUCCAGUGAAGAGGUGUGGACCGGAUGGCACUAUGAUCCAAAUCGCCUUGGACAUAGAGACCCUGUACCUUCGACUGUGAUUCCAAGCUCUGAUCCUCCUCCACGUGAAGAUUAUAUGAGCAACCAUCUGGAAUAACGACAUCCUUUUGUUUUAACAGUAAAAAGUGAAGAAAAAUGGAGUACAGGCUCUGGAGAUUUUAGGACUUUUAAAAUUUUGUGUAGGUGCAGGUGCAAUAAAUUUCAGGAGGUUCUAUAAAACAUACAAGAUGAUUACAUUAAUGCCAAUAAUUUGUGAACAUUUAAGAGAAGAAUUUAUGGUGCUCCCGAUGUUUAAGACUGGAUAAUUAACUUUAAUAAUUUAAUGUUUACAUCAUCAAAAAACUUAAAAAGAAACAUAUUGUUGAAUAUUCAGCCUUCAAAAACACAGAUGUCCUUCCAAGUGGAAUACAUGGUUCUGUAGGGUAAUACAUGUUUAUACAUAUAUGGCAUAGUCAUUUGCUGCUCAGUUAGAGCUAUUGUGUUGUCUGAUUUUAUGUUGUUAGCCAGUUCUGAGUAUCAUUAUUCAGCAGAGAUGUUGUAAUAAGGACACUCGAAAAAAAAAUCCCACUGGUAAUUUAACCAAAACAUUAAAACAAUUUUGACAUGCCUGUACAAAAA